AUGGCGGUGGCAGCAAACUUCGACUGUCCUGAAAGGGACAAAUUUCAACAUUGCUUCACAAAAUUACGGUGCUUUGUAUAUACAGAGGACAAUUCGGUUAAAACAGACCUAAAUCUUUUACUUGACCAAGUAAACUCCCUUGAAUAUUCGACAGUGCUUGUCACACCACAGCAAGGCAGUGAAGUGCUUAUACGGCUUUGUUGUCAAAUUCCAUAUCAUCAAGAAAGGCUGGUGGUUAAAACAUGUCAAGCAGCAAAUUUGUGGAUGAAAAAACAAAGGAUAAGCUUGUCUGAUGAGUGUGUGAUGCAAAUGUGUGACUACUUGGUGCUGGUGAUCCAACGCUGCCAGACCUGGGCAGUACCAGAGAUACUUAGGACACUCGCCUCACUCUUCUAUGAGAACACAGAUAAACUGCAGCAGUACCAUGAGAGAUUGUUAGGGAGGCACGGUAUCCUUACACAACUCAUUAACAGCGAUAUAACAGAUCCGGAAACACUAAAGGAGGCAGUUGUAUGUUUGCAGUGCCUCACACUCAGACCAAGUACAAGUGAGUACUUGUCUGCAGUGCACAUGGAUGUCUGCUACGAUGUGUUCUGUAUGCUGCUCCAUAGGAUGCCCUCUGUCAACAUCGACCUUCUCCUCCAGUGCAAGAUCCUGACCUACUGUUUGCGAGGCAUUCAGAACCUAAUAAGAGUCACAAAGGAAGUGCCUGCAGGAAGACUUGGGGUCCUAUUGGCAGCUGUCAGGGCGUACAUGUUUUAUGGUGUUGGAGGCCAGGCAGUUGAAAUUCCAGAGAGCCUAUAUCCAUCCCCUCUCACCAAGAUAGAACCUCCCAGGGCUGGGAAACCCUCCACACAGCAAGCCACUGCACAAACAUCAGGUCAAAAGAAGUCCAAAAGAAAACCCAAAAAACAGGACAAAAAAGGGGCUAAGCAAAAUAAAAAGCAGGAUGACCUAGAUGGUGACCUUGACCCCAAUGAACCUUCAGCAGGUGGUGACACUGUAAGCCAAGGCAAUGACAUCAGUCUGGAAUUUGAUUUUGAUCCGAUGGCAAGCUAUGUUGCCUGGUCAAAGGUGAGCAGCUCUGACUCAGAGUGGUCGGACACGGAGGGAGGUCAGGGGUCAAGAGCAAGGUCAAACUCAACCAAGGUUCGACAGUGCGCUCUCAGCACCUUCUAUUGGAUUGCAAAGUUUACAGAGAAGAAGGUGUUGUUUGGCUACUGGUGGUCUUUUCUCCCGGACAGCCAGAUGGCCACCAGCAGUGCUGGGGCUCAGUCUCUCCUCAAUAUUGUCCUCAAAGACACAUCACCAAAGUGUCGUAUGGGAGCGUUAGCGGCCAUUUCUGUGCUGAUAGACAACACAAAGCUGAUGCUUAGUGCUGCGGAGGACAGUGAUGACACGAAGACAGCGACGUUCAUCCCAUUCUCAAUAGUUCUGGGCACCACGAUCCGCGAGGUCCACCGCUGUCUCUUCCUUGCUCUCGCAGCGGAGAACUUUCCGAUCACACUCACACAGCUGCUCAAGUGUUUUGGAACUGUGAUUGCUAAUGUGCCAUACCACAGAAUGAGGCCAGGGUUGCUGGGAAAGAUUGUAAAGCAUAUAAGACACUUUGUCAACCAUAGAGAUCCCAAUGUGCGAGUAGCCUGCCUCACCUGUCUUGGCUCUAUAGCAAACAUCCGUCCACCUUUAAUGGAGGUGUGUCACAUUGUACAGUCAGUGAAACCCUCCUUUGCAGGGCUGCCAUUGGCUGAACUGGACAAAAGUGUGAACUCAUCAGAGGCUGGUGAAAUUAGUGACUUAGCAUCUGGAUUCAGUAAUUCUUUAACUGUGAGCUCUUUAGAGAAUGGAGGAGCGAAAACCAAUGAGUAUUCAGGGGAGACUACACCAAAACAUGAUACAGCUUAUUCAUCAGGGACUGCAACUCCUGCCUUUUCAGAGCAGGUGUUACAGAUGUUUUCUAAAGACAUCUCGUGGAUAGUGCGUCUUUGUGUGAAGAACAUCCUGCCUCAAGGGGGACAAGAGGCCCUAGAAGAGUACCACACAGAGCCCCUUCCUGUCAGACUUGAGUCUCUACAGGUUCUCUCAAACCUCACCAAGGGUUACUUCCCUGUUAUCAGAAAUUGUGUUCCCUUAUUACAAGAACUUACACUUCAAUGCUUCUGUGAUAGUGAUCCAGUGGUCAAACUACAUACAGCUAAAUUGCUGGAUGAGUUGAGCCAAGUGUUGCAGCAAGCUGUAUCCACUGUUGAGUCUGGUAUCCCACCCACCCCAGACGUCAUCACAAAAGACAAGGUGCUGGACUUUUGGCUAGCCCUGUUGAACGGUCCCAUCCAGGAGGUGCUGCAGGCCAGGGGCCAUGAUGCCGUCAAGGCCGUCGCCUGUGACUGCCUCGCUAACCUUGGUGAUCUCAUCUUCAAAUCUCUGCCUCUAGACAAGCGUCUGCUGUGUGUGACAGUGGCCCUUGGGCUGGCUGGGGAUGAGGAUCGCCUCAUACGGGCAGCUGCCAUUAGAACACUCGGCAUCUUUGUUCUCUACAAGACCCUUAGGGAGGAUGUGUCAUUUGUGGUUGACUGUGCGGCGGCCAUUCUGGGUGCCAUUGAUGAUGCCAACAUGUUUGUCAAGGUCAAGGCUGCAUGGUCACUUGCCAACCUCGGCGACGCCAUUGCUUCCAACAGGGAAGAUGGUGACUCAGAGUUCAUGGAGGAUUUCUCGGACGUUGUGCUGCUCAACAUUAUCACCACGGCGACCAGGCUCAGUCAGGAGUCGGACAAGAUUAAGCCUAAUGCAGUCCGCACCCUCGGAAAUAUACUGCGAUGUCUAUCUAAUAGGCAACUGGGUAAGGAAGCGUUUGUGCAGGCCGUGAACUCCGCUGUGGCAUCCCUGAUGAAGUGUGCCAGCUCCGGGGCCAUGAAGGUUCGUUGGAAUGCAUGCUAUGCCAUCAGCAACAUGUACAAAAAUGAAGAUCUGAACCAGGGCCAGACAACAUGGAAUAGAGACGUAUUGGAUGUCCUCUGCUCUGUGAUCACAGACUGUAAGAACUUCAAGGUUCGCAUAAAUGCAGCUAUUGGCCUCUCUGCACCAGAGCUGCGGGCCCAGUAUGGGAACCAGGCCUGCUACUGUCGCGUGUGGGAGGGUGUCAUUGUCGCAUUCGGCACUGCGGAGAAUAUUGCAGAGUUUAUUGACUUCAAGUACAGGGAUAACCUUGUGGAACAGCUGUGUAUGACAACGUUCCACCUGUUGUCCCUGGUAACCGUUGACGACCUUGGUUCCCUGUAUCCACUGAUAGACCAACACAGGGAGCAUCUCACUGCCUGCCUCAACAAGUACUGCACACACAUUCACAAACAGCCAAACAUAAUGAGUCGGCUGGAGGGUGCCGCGACCCAUCUGGCAGCCCUCUGGCCCCAGCUUAACUCCAACGAGCAGUCCCUGUGUCUCCGACAGCUGAUGGAUAUGUGUAAUGAAGUUACCAAAGACAAGGAGAGUGUUCCAAUGUCUAGGCAGAAGCUGGCCUUCAAGCAGAUUUACGACUGAAGCGGACAUGAAGAAUGUGUGUCUGAGAAGGUCCACAGCUCAUGUUCCAGGUGGCAAUCACCCAGAUGCUGUCAUGUGGGUCCUGUGUCCAAGUGCUGAAUGGGAAGUGUACAACAAGUGUAUUCCAGCGUUCAUUUGUAGUACAAGGCUUGAAAAAGUGAAAUUUCAUCUUUAUUGUUAGAAACAAUAAAUCUAGCUACAGAAAUGUUUUAGAUCAUUAUCUAGUAUUAAAUGUCACGUAAAUUAAUAGUUUGCUUACUAAAAUUAAAUUAAAAUAGUUAUUAUGUGCAUAUGUAUUAUUGAUAAUACUUUAAAUAAUUUAUGAUUCAACAAGCGUAUGAUCCUUAGAAAACACAUGGCAUUGAAGUGUAUGUGAAAAAGUUGAUAUUCUACAAUAUAUUUAAUGAUCUGUGUCAUACAUUUAAAUGUUUUUAUUUUAAUGUUAAAUGUCAAUUGUAUUGAGUCCUGUUAAUGACAAAGGUCCUGUAAAUGUUGAAGUUUAUUAUGGCAAUACAUAUUUUACGCUUUUAUAUUAAGAUGAUAAGUUUACAGGAAGGUAAGCCACUUGAACAACGAAACUGUGUAAGUCAUGUGACUUGAGUUUACUUAAACUGAUGGAUGGUUAUUAUUUGUUUAUUUGGGAAUGAGACAUUCAAGUACUAUGCUUGAAAAAUCUAUAUGGUAUUUGAUGUGAUUCUAUGCCAUCUUGAAUAUCAUUGCAGUGUUAAACCACAUUUCAUUGUCUGGUCUUUACCGUGCUGGCAUUUUUACAAUUGCCCUUUAAUAAUUGUUGAACUGUAUGUAUUGUUAGAGCUUUCUCACAGUUUUCUGCUUUGAAUAAAUAUUAUAAUACA